AGACAGCAGGUGUCUCGAGAAAAAUUUCAAAUGUCGGUGCUAUAAAUAAAACCUCGCCCCUCCCCUUUCUGCCAUCGUUCCUCCUUCUCGUCGUUCUCUUCCUCGCCUCCAGUAGAUCGGAUCUGCGAUCGACGCUCACUGCAACUUGGAUCACGCCAAGAGCAACUAGAUGAAGCUAAAGAUCAACAAAGCCUGCGAUUUGAGCUCCAUCUCCGUGCUUCCUCCCAGGAGAUCGUGGGGAAUGAGCUCCGUAGGCGACGGACUUGGGAUGAACCAGCCGUCCCAGAUCCGAUCCCAAUCGCAGCAAUCGUUCUCCCAGGGCCUAUCUCUGUCUCAGCUUUCCCAGAGCUCGCUCGAGGAAGCCCUAAUCACCGAUUCGAGAUUUGGUUCACAAGAGAAAGAUAAAUCAUUGAGGAUCUCCACAUUGGCUCCAAUUGCAUCUAUGAGGGAUGAAUCUCAGCUACAGAUCGCAAGUGCAUCUAGGAACGUUUUGCCACGAUCAUGGACUGCUUCCUCUUUGGCAGAUAGUAAAUUUCAGGUUACUGAAGAACUUGAACACAAACUGCGGCUCAUUGAAAGCUCAAUAAGCAGGGUUGGAAUGAUUGUGGACUCUGUCCAAAGUGAUGUUAUGCAAGUAAACAGAGCUGUAAAAGAGUUGUCACUAGACAUGGGAGGCAUAAGGCAAAAGAUUGGCCUUCUAGAAAACUCCAUGCAACAACUGCCGAAGUGGGAAGACGGUAUCAAAGCUUUAAUUGGUGGAAGUCUCAAAUCCAUUUCAGAUCAGCUUGCUAACAACUCCAAUCCCAGCAAAAUAAAUGAGAUUGCUACAGCAGUUACAGCUUUGCACGAACAGAUUGGUGCACGUUUGGAAAAACUUGAGCAUGAAGUUUCUCUGUCCUUUUCAAUAAAGAAGGUUAGAGAGAAUGGUACUAAUUCUUCAGACAUCCAGGAUUCAAUUAUAGUCCGCUCACCUGGGAGUAGAGAUCAUUUGGAUAGAAAGCAGUCUUUGAAGAGCAAUUUAACAAUCAAACAAAUUACUGUCACACCAUCAAUGAGUACAAAGCCGAAGUCUCCACUUGUGAAGAGUGAAGAAGGCAAACCAAACUUGGUUAAGUUCAAGAUAGCUGAACCAAAGCAUCUUCUUUCACAUAGACAUGAAAUCCAUCAUAGACAAAAGAAUGAAAAUCCAAGAAUAAUCAUUGACUCAGAUGACGAGAGUGAUGUGGGUCUUUCUUGCCUUAUGCCAGAGAAAAAAACAGUUAAGGAAUGUGAUUUUGGGAAGGAUGUUCAUAUAGAGACUCUAAGAAUUCUAAGGAAAGCAAGGAAGAGAAGAAGAACACAGAAUUUAAUAACUGUAGAUUGAGGUAAGGAAGCAUGUCCAUGCUUUUGGAAUCAAGGUGCUCUAACCAUAGAGAUCUCAAAUAAAGUAUUGUAAAUUUGUGUUGCAAUAGAACGUUAAAUGAGGAAUCAAUUAGAAUACUUUCUUACGUAGCACUGAUCUUGCAAAUACUCUUCCUAUUAGCUAAAGUCAUCUCUCAAUAUUGUGGUCCAAGUUUGGUGAAAAUUUUUUGGCACUUCUUCAAAGCCUUCUAUAGUCAAACAGCAUAUCUAUAUUCUAAAGACAAACAUUAUUGUCCACAGAAAUAGAUGUAUACUUGUAAUUCAUUUUAGAUUCCAUUCAAUGUUUUACCUUUUCAUCA